AUGAGGAAGAGGAGGAAGAGGAGAGGUGCUUCCUCACCAGUUUCCACCAGUCCUCACCAGUUUCCACCAGUCUCCACCAGUCCUCACCUGUCUUCACCUGUCUCCACCUGUCUCUACCUGUCUCCAUCAGUCCUCACCAGUUUCCACCAGUCCUCACCAGUUUCCACCAGUCUCCACCUGUCCUCACCUGUCUCCACCAGUCCUCACCUGUCUCUACCAGUCCUCACCAGUUUCCACCAGUCCUCUAUUGUCUCCACCUGUCCUCACCUGUCUCCACCAGUCCUCACCUGUCUCCACCAGUCCUCACCUGUCUCCACCAGUCCUCUAUUGUCUCCACCAGUCUCCACCUGUCUCCACCAGUCCUCUAUUGUCUCCACCUGUCCUCACCUGUCUCCACCAGUCCUCACCUGUCUCCACCAGUCCUCUAUUGUCUCCACCAGUCUCCACCUGUCUCUACCUGUCUCCACCAGUCCUCUAUUGUCUCCACCAGUCUCCACCUGUCUCUACCUGUCUCCACCAGUCCUCACCUGUCUCCACCAGUCCUCUAUUGUCUCCUCUAUUGUCUCCACCUGUCCUCACCUGUCUCCACCAGUCCUCACCUGUCUCCACCAGUCCUCACCUGUCUCCACCAGUCCUCUAUUGUCUCCACCAGUCUCCACCUGUCUCCACCAGUCCUCUAUUGUCUCCACCUGUCCUCACCUGUCUCCACCAGUCCUCACCUGUCUCCACCAGUCCUCUAUUGUCUCCACCAGUCUCCACCUGUCUCUACCUGUCUCCACCAGUCCUCUAUUGUCUCCACCAGUCUCCACCUGUCUCAACCUGUCUCCACCAGUCCUCACCUUCCUCACCUGUUUCAACCUGUCUUCACGUUAUUUUUUAACGUGA